AGUUGUAGUUCCGGAAGCCAAGCCGGUGCGCGCGGCGGCAUGUGGCCCCGAGUGCUGCUGGGGGAGGCCCGAGUGGCUGCGGGCGGAUUCCGUACUGCCUUGUCUCGCCUAGCGGUGCGGUUCUCCCCGCCAUGGACUGCUGGGAGCGGUUCACCCCUGCAGAGAAGCCUGCAUGGAACUGCAACGCGGGCUUUCCCGCUCAUUCCCAUAGUUGUAGAGCAGACGGGUCGAGGCGAGCGGGCUUAUGACAUAUACUCAAGGCUGUUGCGGGAGCGCAUCGUCUGCGUCAUGGGCCCGAUUGAUGACAGUGUCGCCAGCCUGGUCAUCGCCCAGCUGCUCUUCUUACAGUCUGAAAGCAACAAGAAACCCAUCCAUAUGUACAUCAACAGCCCAGGUGGCGUGGUGACUGCGGGCCUGGCCAUCUACGACACAAUGCAAUACAUUCUGAACCCUAUCUGCACGUGGUGUGUUGGGCAGGCCGCCAGCAUGGGCUCCCUGCUCCUCGCCGCGGGCAGCCCCGGCAUGCGCCACUCGCUGCCCAAUUCCAGAAUUAUGAUCCACCAGCCCUCCGGAGGAGCCAGGGGCCAAGCCACAGACAUCGCCAUCCAGGCAGAGGAGAUCAUGAAGCUGAAAAAGCAGCUGUACAACAUCUACGCCAAACACACCAAGCAGAGCCUGCAGGUGAUAGAGUCAGCCAUGGAGAGAGACCGCUACAUGAGCCCUAUGGAGGCCCAAGAGUUUGGCAUCUUGGACAAGGUCUUGGUCCACCCACCUCAGGACGGUGAGGAUGAGCCAGAACUGGUACAGAAGGAGACUCCUCCAGCACCAACCGAUCCUCCUGCCCCAGCAAGCACCUGAGGGCCUGACCUCAUCUCCAGGAGUGUGGAAACAGACCGAGGACUGCCUACACUUCCUCUGCUCGGCCCGGAGGGGCCCCUGGAGGGGAUGGAGAUUGAGGCCGCACUCAAA